AUGAAAAAAAAAAGAUCGGCAAAUUACACAGAGAGGGAGAAAGAGCUUUUACUUUCUCUAGUAAAACAAAACUUAAAAAUAAUUAAAAAUAAGAGGACGAAUGCACUUUUCAACAAAGAAAAAUUGCAAUGUUGGGAGAAGUUGGCUUGGGAAUAUAAUGCCAAUCAAACAACCGGAUUUCGAAGUGGAUUGCAAUUGAAAACUGCAUAUAAGAUUAAAAAAACAUGCGAAACAGCAUUAGGCUCAGGAGAAGAGAAUGAGUUCGACAGUAACAAUUUGGAUACAGAGCCGCGACAAAGCACCAGCCAACCCGAAGAAGAAAUUAUUUUUGUUGUAGAAAAUAAUGAAGAAAUAUCCACAAUAGAUGAGCCACCCAAGAAAAGGGCAAAGAAAAGUAGUACUAAAAUUAGCCAAGCACCCAUUACAAGCACUGAGGAGUGCGAAAAUAAUAUUAAUUUGGUAAAUAAUCCAGAUCUUGAGGAAGGCACUAAAAGAAACAUAACAAGUGGAAAUAAACGGAAACUCCCAGCUGCAGUUCUCGUAAAUAAUAAAAAACUAGAAAUAUUAAAAAAAAAGAUGACUAUCUUAGAACUAACAGAACAGUCUGAAAGAGAGACAUUAAAGGGAAAAAAACUUGAUAAUAAUAUUAAGGAAAUAAUAAAGGAAAGAGAAAAAAUUGAACUAAGGAUAAAACAAACACUUCUUUUAGAAUGA